GGAGGGUGAUUGCUGGUCGUUUGUUGUGGCUGUUAAAUUUUAAACUGCCAUGCACUCGGCUUCCAGUAUGCUGGGAGCGGUGAAGAUGGAAGGGCACGAGCCGUCCGACUGGAGCAGCUACUAUGCCGAGCCGGAGGGCUACUCCUCAGUGAGCAACAUGAACGCCGGUCUGGGAAUGAACGGCAUGAACACCUACAUGAGCAUGUCGGCGGCUGCCAUGGGCAGCGGCUCCGGUAACAUGAGUGCAGGCUCUAUGAACAUGUCAUCGUACGUGGGAGCGGGCAUGAGCCCGUCCCUUGCCGGCAUGUCUCCCGGGACGGGUGCCAUGACAAGCAUGGGCGGCUCAGCCGGGGCGACCGGAGUUGCGGGCAUGGGGUCACACCUGAGCCCGAGCCUGAGCCCUCUCGGGGGGCAGGCAGCGGGGGCCAUGGGAAGCCUGGCCCCCUAUGCCAACAUGAACUCCAUGAGCCCCAUGUAUGGGCAGGCGGGCCUGAGCCGUGCGCGCGACCCCAAGACGUACCGACGCAGCUACACACAUGCUAAGCCUCCCUAUUCGUACAUCUCUCUCAUCACGAUGGCCAUCCAGCAGAGCCCCAACAAGAUGCUGACGCUGAGCGAGAUCUACCAGUGGAUCAUGGACCUCUUCCCCUUUUACCGGCAGAACCAGCAGCGUUGGCAGAAUUCUAUCCGCCACUCUCUCUCCUUCAAUGACUGCUUCCUCAAGGUUCCCCGCUCUCCAGACAAGCCCGGCAAGGGCUCCUUCUGGACCCUGCACCCUGAUUCAGGCAACAUGUUCGAGAACGGCUGCUACUUGCGCCGCCAGAAGCGCUUCAAGUGCGAAAAGCAACUGGCCCUGAAGGAAUCCACGGGCACUACAGGUGGUGGAAAGAAGGCGACCGCCGGGACUCAGGCCUCUCAGGGUCAGCUCGGGGAGGCCUCUGGACCGGCCUCCGAGACUCCAGUGGGCACCGGGUCACCCCACUCGAGCUCCUCUCCAUGUCAAGAGCACAAGCGAGGGAGCCUGGGAGAGCUGAAGGGGACGCCGGCCUCGGCGCUGAGCCCCCAGGAGCCGGAGCCUGAGCCCGGGCAGCAGCAGCAGGCCGCAGCCCACCUCCUGGCCCCUCCUCACCAUCCGGGCCUGCCGCCCGAGGCCCACCUUAAACCGGAGCACCACUACGCCUUCAACCACCCCUUCUCUAUCAACAACCUCAUGUCAUCGGAGCAGCAGCACCACCACAGCCACCACCACCACCACCAGCCCCACAAAAUGGACCUCAAGGCCUACGAACAGGUGAUGCACUACCCGGGGUAUGGUUCCCCGGUGCCAGGAAGCCUGGCUAUGGGCCCAAUCACGAACAAAGCGAGCCUGGAAGCCUCACCCUUGACCGCGGACACCUCCUACUACCAGGGGGUGUACUCCCGGCCCAUUAUGAACUCCUCUUAAGAGGGCUUCUGCUUCGACCUGGCUAGCCCCCACAAGGACUGACAAGAGAGAGAGCAAGUGGGGUGGAGACUUUUAUGUAGGGGUGUUGGAGACAUGCAAGGGAGAAUAAAUCCAAGACACUCCCACCCAGAAUCGCAGCCUCCACUCAUGCUCUGUAGCUCUUUCCUCCCAGAUGGGCCACACCAAUAUGUAUAAGGAGGGAAAGGGGGAAAUGAUAAAUUGUCAAAAAAGAAAGAGUCCCCACGGUUUCCACUAAUGUGUAGAUGCCUGCUUCUUGAAACAUCUUCAAAAUCUGAUUUUUUUUGUUGUUCUCCUACUUUGCUGUUGUUGCAGGGAAGUCUUACUUUAUUAAAAAUAAAAACAAAC